GCCAGCGGGCGCAGGCCCAGCUGCACUUGGCAGGCGAGCUGCCGGCUGACCAAAGGCUUGGGCCAAGCCUGAGCUGGGCUGGGGCGUCCGGUAAACGGAAGGAGCCCGUCCAGGAAUCCCGAGUGUGCUUGGCGGGCAUCCUCAACACUGGGCUGGAGAAUAGACCUUAACCAGCUCGGGCUGCGGACGCCAGGCUGGUCCCAGCAGCCCUCCUACAGCUGCAGCGGCCUCCGCCCCCGCCACUGAGGCUGGGACUUGGCGAAACUUACUCACCUGUCGAAACCCGGAUCUGGCAAAGAGAAGGGCCUGGCGGCCAGAGCGUGUCUUUUCCAGAGAGCUCGGCAGGCAGCCCGCCCUGCACUGGGACGCCACUGCCAAGGAGGCAGGUGUGAGGAUCGCUUCCUCACCCCGGCCACCCCAGCCCUACUCCCUUGGCUCCUUGAUCUCCACCGCCCUCCCCGCAGGCGCCUCGGCUUGGUGUGCACCGAAGGCCAACUCGGGUGGACGCCCAGGCUGCAGGUUCAAGACGCUCCGCCUCCUCCGGCCACUUAGAGCCACCGGCUCUGUCAAGAAACCACUCCAUUCGGUCUUAGUCUGCGGUCACUGCUGAGGUUUUCUGAACUUUCCAGGUAACCCACGCCAGCUGGUGACACUUUCAGGACGAGCAGUCUACUCGUCCCCAGGCACAGACGCCCCAACUUUUUACGCACGAUCUGCGUCGCCUAGGUGGGUGCCUCAUUGCUGUGCUGAGGGGGCGCUCAUCUUCCAGGGGCCCCAACGCUUCCAGUCGGUCACUAGCCCUUCUCUUCCGAGCGAGUCCGGGGGUGCACAGACGUGCUCCCAGCACCCAGGAGUUGCUGCCCCUCGGAGCUGCCCUCCAGGAGGUCCGGGCCUCUAGCCCCAAAGCCCAGUUUGGUCUCGCCGUCUCCACUUCAAAGCCCUGUGCCUGGAGCUGGUGGAGGCUCCGGGCGCUUGGCCCCGCGUCGCCCCGUCGGGUACCUCGGGUACCGUGCCCGUGCGCGCCAUGGCCGGCUGCUGCUGCCUGUCCGCCGAGGAGAAGGAGUCGCAGCGCAUUAGCGCCGAGAUCGAGCGGCAGCUCCGCCGGGACAAGAAGGACGCGCGCCGCGAGCUCAAGUUGCUCUUGCUGGGAACUGGUGAAAGUGGAAAAAGCACCUUUAUCAAGCAAAUGAGAAUAAUCCAUGGUUCUGGCUACAGUGAUGAAGAUAGAAAGGGGUUCACAAAGUUGGUUUACCAAAACAUCUUCACUGCCAUGCAAGCUAUGAUCAGAGCCAUGGACACCCUGAGGAUACAAUACGUGUGUGAGCAGAAUAAGGAAAAUGCCCAGGUCAUCAGAGAAGUGGAAGUGGACAAGGUCUCGGUGCUCUCCAGGGACCAAGUGGUGGCCAUCAAGCAACUGUGGCAGGACCCUGGGAUCCAGGAGUGCUAUGACAGGAGGAGGGAGUACCAGCUCUCAGACUCCGCCAAGUACUACCUGAGCGACAUUGACCGAAUCGCCAUGCCCUCUUUCGUGCCAACGCAGCAGGACGUGCUCCGUGUCCGAGUGCCCACCACUGGCAUCAUCGAAUAUCCAUUUGACUUGGAAAACAUCAUCUUUAGGAUGGUGGAUGUUGGUGGCCAGCGAUCUGAACGACGAAAAUGGAUCCACUGCUUUGAGAGUGUCACCUCCAUCAUUUUCUUGGUUGCGCUGAGUGAAUAUGACCAGGUCCUGGCUGAGUGUGACAAUGAGAACCGAAUGGAAGAGAGCAAAGCCUUGUUCAAGACCAUCAUCACCUACCCGUGGUUUCUAAACUCAUCUGUGAUUUUGUUCUUAAACAAAAAGGAUCUUUUGGAAGAGAAAAUCAUGUACUCUCAUCUCAUCAGCUACUUCCCAGAAUACACUGGACCAAAGCAGGAUGUCAAAGCUGCCAGAGACUUCAUCCUGAAGCUGUAUCAAGACCAGAAUCCUGACAAAGAGAAAGUCAUCUAUUCCCAUUUCACAUGUGCCACCGACACAGAGAAUAUCCGCUUUGUGUUUGCGGCUGUCAAAGACACAAUUCUACAGCUGAACCUACGGGAAUUCAACCUGGUGUGAAAGCUGCUGUCCACUCCUUCUCUAUCACAGAAGACAUCUGUGUGCAAGCUACUCAUUUCAUUUGCAAGUGUCUGACAUCACCUGGGACUAGGCCCUGUGACUGGCAUUAAGGAGACCACAUAUAGACCACAGGGACAGAGAUGGGUAAUGAAAUUUGAAAGAUGUUUGAGUUUACCAAACCUUUGUCUUUAAUUCCAAGUUAUUUUUCAGUUCUUUACUUGUUUUUCUUUUCUUUUUAACUAUGUUUUUAAAAUUAGGUGUUUUAUAGAAUUUAAAAAAGCUACUGUGAUUUUUUAAAUUAGAUUUUGUGUGUUAAAGCAUUAAAAAAAUCACAUAACAUGGGGUUCAUUAAUUUAUAAUCAUGCCUUCAAACCUCUAGGAUUAAUUUAGGUGACUUUGAGAAAGGAAUGUUAAUGAAUUUGAUGCUUUUUAUUAAAGCUUAGAGACAUUUCUAGUAUCCAUGGCUUUUCCUUCCCUUAAUGCUAAUGUGUUUCCAAGGGUUUCCUUAAAGUUGAAAAGUUGGCUCUUUUCAUGUCAACUUUCAAAGCCCACUUAAUGAAUAUCUCCAUAACCUAAUUUAGUUUUGCCACAGUUUGGUCACCAUGAAGCCAAAGCUGAAAUAUGAUAAAU